AUGGAGGAGGCUCAAGAUACUGAUUGCCCCACAUAUUAUCUUCCGCAUCAUUCAGUAUUCAAAUCCAACAGUUUAACUACAAAAAUGCGUGUAGUCUUUGAUGGUUCUGCUACAUCUAAAUCCGGGCACAGUCUCAACGACAUUCUACUAUAUGGACCAACUCUGCAGCCUGAUUUAAUUUCUAUAAUUCUGAGAUUUCGAAUUCAUAAAAUUGCUCUUACUGCUGACAUAGCCAAAAUGUACAGGCAGAUACGGAUCUCUCCCGAAGAUUGUGAUAUGCAAAGAAUAUGCUAUAGAGAAAGUCCUGCUGAACCAUUGAAAGACUAUAGGCUUCUAACUGUCACUUACGGUACCAGAGCUGCAUCAUUUCUUGCCACUCGUUGUUUACUUGAGCUAAGUUACAAUGUUAAAAAUCAUGCAGUCCAGCGCGUUAUUCAACAAGAUUUUUAUGUUGACGACUUACUAAGUGGCGGUCAAGACGAAACUGAGUGUUAUGAACUUUUUCAAAAUUUAUCUAAUGAACUUGACAAGGCUGGCCUACCCCUUCGUAAGUGGUGCUCAAACUCAAAAUCAAUUAUGUCGAAAAUGUCAGUUCCGGAACGAGAUCCUACUUAUCUGUUGUCUAUCAAUGAAGAAGAUACUGUUAGCACACUAGGUCUCACUUGGCAACCAAGUAAUGACUGUUUCAAAUUCAUUUUUAAGGAUUUGUCAAGACCUUUUCACAUGACUAAAAGAACACUAUUAUCCAAUAUAAACAGUGUUUAUGAUCCAGUAGGAUUCCUAACACCUGCCCUGAUUCGAGGAAAAAUGUUUAUGCAACAGUUAUGGUCCUCAAAGUUGAACUGGGAUACACCACUGUCCACUGAACUCCAAACCAAGUGGACCAAUUUCUAUCAAAGUCUCAAGUUCUUGGAGCAGUUAUCAAUACCACGUCGCGUGCCAUUUGAUAAUACCACAUCAGUCCAACUACACGGUUUCUGCGAUGCUUCACAAAAUGCUUUUGGUGCUUGUAUUUACUUUCGAUCAACUACCACAUCGCAAUGUCAACUAUACUGUUCUAAGUCCAGAGUAGCUCCACUGAAGCCCAGCACAAUUCCACGAUUGGAACUUUGCGGAGCCCUUCUUUUAGCAGAACUGGUCAGCAUGGUUAUGAGAGAACUAAAACGUAUCAAGAUUCAUUGUAACCCCAGUAAUGUAAUCUUAUGGUCUGAUUCAUCCAUUGUCAUAUCCUGGAUCAAUAGUGACAAACCACUCAAAUCCUAUGUCUCCAACAGGAUAGCACAAAUAUUGGAUCUAACCCAGCCUUCACAAUGGCGUCAUGUACCAACGACCACCAAUCCUGCAGAUGCUGAAGACCUGUGGCCGUCUAAUAACGUCAUCCAUACAGAUUUACCUGAAGUAAGAAUAGUUCGUUCAGUUCUUGUAGUGAGUCAGCCAUCAGAAUGUCAAUUUGAAGAAAGAUAUUCUUCUUGGUCUAGAUUGAACCGAAUUACCGCAUAUAUUCUAAGAUUUUGCCACAAUGCUCGCACUAAGUUGAUGUCGGACCGGUUAUUAAAUUCACUAAGUGUAACUGAAAUAUCCAAUGCCGCCACAGUGUUGCUGCGAAAAAUGCAGUCCAUCUCAUUCGCAUCAGAAAUUGCCGAGCUUAAGUCCAGUAGGCCUGUUGGACGUCGUAGUGCGUUGCGUACACUGAACCCAUUUAUUGACCAGGACGGUCUAGUGCGAGUUGGAGGCAGACUCAUCAAUGCUGACAUUGCAUACACCAGCAAAUGCCCAAUUGUACUACCAGCAAAAGGUACAAUCACAAGGUUUAUCUUUGAAUACGAACACAAGCGUUUAAUUCAUAUUGGCCCUCGAGGAUUACUGGCAAACAUUCACCUUCGUUACUGGCCAAUACGAGGUCAAGCUAUUGCAAGUCAGACUGUCAGGCGCUGCAUAAUUUGUUUCCGUUCCAGUCCAUCCCUGACUGCUCCAUUCAUGGCACCACUUCCACCUGAAAGAGUCAAUGUCGAGCGUCCCUUUGCCAGAACCGGCGUCGAUUUUUGUGGACCAAUCAUGAUCCGAAGUGGAAUACGUAGAGUGGUCAGCAUCAAAUGUUAUGUUGCGGUAUUUGUCUGUUUUGUAACUCGUGCUAUCCACUUAGAGCUUGUUAGCGGACUUACUACUGAAGCCUUCCUAGCAUCUCUCAUGCGUUUCCUAUCUCGUCGUGGCCUUUGUAGCCACAUCUAUAGCGAUAAUGGCACAAACUUCAUAGGAGCCAACAAGGUCUUACAUUCAUAUUUUGCACCAGUCAAGGGACAACUCACAAUUGAAGACUCUCAUUCCGAUUUAAGGAUUCAGUGGCACUUCAUACCCCCCUCCGCUCCUCACUUUGGUGGUCUAUGGGAGGCAGCUGUGAAAUCAGCGAAAAGGCAUUUAUUGAAGGGUGUUGUUCCUCAUCAGCGUCACUGUGAACAGUGUGGUUUUGUGUUUUGUUCUGCACGCAGCGGCAAUCAUUGUACUUGUGAUUUCUUCGUUGUGUUACGAGCAACAAUGGUGACAAUUGAGUUUGAACUUGCUGAUAAAGACAGUCAACCACAUCAACCUUAA